UAGCAACAGAUGAGGAAGGAGUAUAGAAAGGAAAUACGUCAAUGCAAUGGAGAAACAGAUCGACUGUGAUUUUACAUUUGUGUGGAUUAUUAAGAAUUUUAGCAUGUGCCAUUAUCGUGAACUGGAACAUGUCCGAUUCUAUGUCGACAGCCCAUGCUUUGUUGCCAACUCUUUGCCCGGAAAAAAAUGGCGCCUUCUAUUAUAUCCAAAAGGUUAUGAACCAGAUUCAGAGCACGUAAGUAUUUGUCUCUGUAGAAGAGAUGACAUCCCAGAAGACUGCAAGUUGAGUUGCAGCUUUCAAUUCUUUGAUCGCAAUGGAAAAGAAAUUUUCUCAGAGAUUUCUGAUCCUGCAAAAAUAAUUUCAUUUCUAAAAGAACACCCGGAUCGGGGAUACGGCUUUCCCAGAUUCAUUGAAAGAAGUGUACUUUUAAAGUCCGUUAUUUGCGAUAUACUAAUUAUAAAAUGUAGUUUGAAACCAGUUCCUGAUAAUAAUGAAGAAGAGAUACACCUUUCACUUUCGUACAAAACUGAACUGUUCACGGACGUUUUAUUGCGUGCCCGGGGUGCAGAAUUCAAAGUGCAUAAAGCUAUAUUGUGGGCGAGGUGGCCUCAACUGGCAAAAAAACUCGAUGAACAAAAAUCUUCCGAACAGGAUUUUGAUAUCGAAUCCAGCGUUCUGGAAGCCAUGAUCGAUUAUGUUUACACUGGAAAAUUCAAUUUAAUCGGAUAUGUGUUCAACUUCGAGGAGGUCUAUAUGACUGCAGCAAAAUACGGACUCCGCAUUCUCGGCCCUACACCUGGUAACAUAAAAACAUGUGAAACUCGCCUUUAUACAAGAAAACUUUCCUUUGUGUGGUCAAUAGAUAAUUUCUCCAGCCUUCCCGUUAACACAGAGUUGCAUCACGAAUUUAAGACGAAUAUCCCGGAAUUUAGUAAAUGGAGUUUAAGGUUACGCGUCUGCGAAAAAAAGGAAACUGAUCAGAUCUUUGAUGUUUUCGUUUACAAUAAACCUGAGCCUCAACUUGCGCCGAUUUUUGUGAGAUCCAAAGUAUCCUUCGAUGACGAUAAUUCUUCUGAAAAUGAACAUUUCUUUAAAACUGAUGAAAACUGGAAAUGUGCUCAGUUUUCGAGGAAUAUAUCUUCGAAUCCAGAGGAUAUCUUGUUAUUGAAAUGCGAAUUUAAAUUAUCUGAUGGCAGUGCUUAUUCUAAGAUUCUGGAAUCUUCUUGCAUCUUUGCAACUUCUCUCGGAGAUAGUAACUUAAAGAGAAGCCUUCGAAAUCUUUACGAAAAUGGAACAUUAUCCGACGUUACUGUAGUUGCUAAAUCGAGAAGAUUUUCCGUGCAUAAAUUUAUUCUGUGUUCUCAGUCAUCGGUGUUUUGCAGAAUGUUCGAAACCGAAAUGACAGAAUCGCGAAACGACCAGGUGGAGAUUCCUGAUGUGGAUUCUGAUAUUAUGCAUCAAAUGCUUCUUUUUCUGUACACUGGAAAUGUGGAAGAACUAUCCGAAGAAACAGUUAUUCAGCUUUAUGGAGUAGCUGAAAAGUAUGAUGUUUCUGCUCUCAAAAAUGUGUGCAAACUCAGUGUUACUGUCGCAAAUGUGCUCAAAAUUCUCCAGUUAGCUAUUAUGCAUCACGUUGAUAAUUUGUACCAAAGUGCUUUGGAAUUUUUUUCUGAUCAUCUGCAGGAAAUUUAUUCAACCGAUGAAUGGAAAGAGAGGUCCGACAACAAUUUUUGUGUGAAAAUUCUGCAAGAUGUGAUAGCUCGAAAUAAACCCACAAAAUGAUUCAUGUGCAAUUUUACAGCAGGCUUCCUCAGCAAAUGUGAAGGUUAAAAUUCCGUAAAAUAUGUAAGUUUUUUUGUGAUUAUUGUAAACAAAUUUGAUAGUCAUAAUUUUUAAAAUAGGUUUUUAUGAUUUCUGUCUUUAAUCAUGUGAUUUAAUGCUUCAAGUGGUAAAAUUUACUCUCGAACUCGCGUCAGUAAAAUUUAUUUUAUUUUAUUCAGUUUGAAAAAUAUAAAUGCAAACAAGUUUAUUAUCCUGUUAUUCUGGUUUAUGAUUUUCUUUCAUAAUCAUGAGUUUCUUAA